AUGGCGGCUCCUAUAUCUUCAGAGUUACUCAAUAUAGUUCGUGUCCACCGGAUAUUGCCUGAUCAACCUGCAAGCCGCGAAUCCACCUACCCACUAUCACUGCUAGAUGCAACAACGGCCAAUUUCGGGCUUACGAGCGCCAUAUGGCUCCUGGAACGUCCAAAUGGUUGGCUUGUUCCAAAAGAUCUUACUGGCCACCUACGCGUAGCAUUUCGUGCAACCUUGAACGCAUACCCGCAAUGGUGUGGAUUUCUCAAAAGCAUCAGUACCAUUGAUAGCAAUGAAUCUACUCCAGAAACAGCCCGGUUUCCCACUCAUGCCAGGCGCUAUGGUCGGGUAUACGUACACUAUGGGACAAGUGCAGACCCGGGAGUCGAAUUCGUGGAGGCGACAAGCCUGGCAACUGUGGACAGCCUUUACAGCGUUCAGUCUGCGAAGAGGCGGCCUAUUUGGAACCGACUGGAGGACAGGGUCACACUUUCUCAUUUUGUACCGCAGACAGCUGUGAUUAAUGCACUUCGACCUAACGAGAAAGAUGCAAACGGCUUAUACAAGCCGUGCAUGGCUGUACAACUUACCCAUCUUGCUUGCGGUGGUUUCAUGAUAGCUGCGAAGAUUGCCCACCCGCUUGCAGAUAUCACCGCACUGACUCGUUUUGCACAACAUUGGGCAAGCAAUUCCCGUGCCAUGGUAUCGAAAAUGCCCUUUCCAGCGUCAAGUUCAUUUUUCCAGCCUGAUCUUCUGGAUGGGUGUGCCGCGGGUGACAUCAAUGCCAGCGAAGCCAAUCCUACCAUUAUGGAAGAUGCACUUGCCCUUCCGCUGCAUAGAUACGACUGGUGGGCGCCGCCUAUGAAGGCUCCAUCACCUUUUCCUGUGGGUCUGCCUCCAGCGGGGAAGUCACUCCCUUGGGCCGAAUGGAAUACAGAAGCAAAGGUAGAACAGUACACGAUUCAUUUCAGCCAGAAGCAGAUCGAAUUCCUAUGGCACUCUGCAACGCAAGAUAGCUCCAUCACACCGUCAGGUUCGAAAAUCAGCAAGCACGAUGCCUUGUUGGCCCAUAUCUGGUCGUGCGUGGUGCGUGCUCGUGGUCUUCAGGAGGACCAAGGGCCAGUCCAUUGCGAUCUCGUGCUUGGUACUCGACCGGUACUCAAUCUUGAUGCUGGCUUCAUCGGAUCGCCGACCAUGAUGCUGAAUAUUGAGUCGACUGCCUCGCAAGUCGCUACGACCUCGUUUGGGCAGACCGCACAACGCAUACGCGAAACAUUGACGACAGUCAAUGAUGCGCAACGACUAGCGGCUCACCUCCACAGUAUCGCAUACGAAAAGUCGCCCCAACGGAUCUGGCAGGGUUUUCUGGGCCAGCGGCACAUCAUGGUGACAACCUGGGCCCGAGCAGGCAUAUACAAAGUCGACUUUGGGUUCGGAUCACUCAUUCGCUAUGCUGAUGGUAUUGUACCGUGCUUGGAUGGGUGCAUUCUCAUUAACGACGCGCCACCAAUGGAUUCUACAUUGUCUUCAAAUACAUGUCCAAGAACCUGGACAGACAAUGGAGUUGAUGUAACGUUGCCAUUACUCCCUAAAGACAUGAAGCACUUAUUACAAGAUCCGCUGCUUCUACCGCAAGUAUAAAUUCUAGUCUAUUACUUUUACAAAUAUAAACACCGUUCAGUCUAUUACUCCGCGAUCCCGAUAAUCCUGCUGCUCUCCGAAUAGUAAACACACUUAGAUAUACAAUGGCAGUCUGUGACAAAGAAAGAACCUGCUUACCUGCAUCAC